UCCUAACAGAUCCAACAUGGAGGCGUUCGGACUGAAGAGUUUCUGGGAGAAUGGACCGAAGCCGGGACAGUUUUACGCUUUCCCGGGUAACAGCAGCGGGCCGGAGACAUCCUGCGGGCCCGUCAGACACACGCUUAACCCCAUGGUAACGGGAACGUCGGUGCUUGGUGUGAAGUUCACCGGUGGUGUGAUCAUCGCAGCGGACAUGUUGGGCUCAUACGGCUCUCUGGCUCGAUUCAGGAACAUCUCCAGGCUGAUGAAGGUGAACAGUAACACUAUUCUGGGAGCUUCUGGAGACUACGCUGAUUACCAGUAUCUGAGACAAGUCAUCGAACAGAUGGUCAUUGAUGAGGAGCUGCUAGGAGACGGACACAGCUACAGUCCCAAAGCCGUCCACUCCUGGCUCACUAGAGUCAUGUACAACCGCCGCAGCAGGAUGAACCCGCUGUGGAACACCGUGGUGAUCGGAGGCUUCUACAACGGAGAGAGUUUCCUUGGUUACGUGGAUAAACUGGGCGUGGCCUACGAGGCUCCCACAGUGGCAACUGGCUUUGGAGCGUACCUGGCUCAACCUCUGAUGAGGGAGGUGUUGGAGAACAAAGAGGAGAUCACCAAACAGGAAGCUCGUGAGCUGGUGGAGCGCUGCCUCAAAGUUCUGUACUACAGAGACGCUCGCUCCUACAACAGGCACGAGAUCGCCAUAGUAACAGAAGAGGGAGUCGAGAUCAUCGGACCUCUGUCCUCUGAAACCAACUGGGACAUCGCUCACAUGGUCAGUGGGUUUGAGUGAAGACGAGCAGCGACUCUCAGAUGAAGCUUCAGCGUUUCUCAUCACAUGCGACUCUUAUCUAUUCCACUUCUUUCUGAUGUUUAGUGUCACUUUUUGUAUAAUGGAAAAUAAACAUGAUGAAUAAAUAAAAAUGUGU